AUGGAGGACCCGCUGGCCACCGAGCAGCGGGCGAAGCAGCGGAAGAGCCUCACGGACGCGGCCGCAUCGCCGAAGAAAGGCUCCGACAGCAAGGUCUUCGAGCUCUUCGGCGACUUUGAUGUGGACGCACUCUUCGAGGACCUUGAAGAGGUGCCGCAGAGCAAGACGCCGGAGGCGGCAGGUGCCGGAGGCGCCGUGGCCCCCGAGGGCGACAUCGACGACUUCUUCGACGCUUUGGGCCCAAGGAAGCGGCGGAGGGAGCGACGGCCGGCGUGGGGCCCUUUGCGCUGA